GAUACACUUUAGUGUGUGUGAGAGAGAGGAGAGAGAGAGAGAAAGAGAGAGGAGAGAGAGAGAGGUCCACCACCGCUUAUGAACAAAUAGUAGUCCACUACUAAAAUUCAAACCCUAAUCAAAAAACAAAAAACCAGCCCUUUGAAAUCCAAUAAGCCAACCAAGCAGAUCUGCCUGCAACUAGGCUCUGAGCGAAACUCUCCGUCAGAACCUAACGCGCCGCCGUCAGAUAGUUUCUUGGAAAGCGGAAAGAUGGUGGUUUCAGCUCAAUAAUGCGGUGGUUGCGGAAACCCGAGCUGAUUUUCAUCAAAGAAAGAAUACCCAUAUCAAAAAAGUUGAAAUCUUAAAAAAAAGAAAUGGAUGGGCAUUCACUUCCGCCGCCGUUCCACACCAGAGAUUUCAAUUUGCAGCACCAGUUCCACCACCACCACCAGACCCACAACUCAGAGGAUGAGCAGAGCGAGACCAGCAACAUGGGCGGCGGCCAGAAGCGCAACCGCGACGAGGUCGGCAGGAGCGACUUCGACGGCGGCAACGACGGGAGCCCCGCCGGGGGCGGCGGCGGAGGCUCUGGGGAAGGAGGAGGAGGAGGAGAUAUGUCCGGCAACAGGAGGCCGAGGGGCCGCCCGGCCGGCUCGAAGAACAAGCCGAAGCCGCCCAUCAUCAUCACCCGGGACAGCGCCAACGCCCUGAGGACACACGUGAUGGAAGUCUCCGACGGCUGCGACAUCAUGGACAGCGUCGCCAGCUUCGCCCGCCGCCGCCAGCGCGGCGUCUGCGUCAUGAGCGGCACCGGGAACGUGACCAACGUAACGCUCCGACAACCGGCCGCCCCGGGUGCGGUCAUGACCCUACACGGCAGGUUCGAGAUCUUGUCCCUCGCGGGUUCCUUCCUCCCGCCACCGGCUCCUCCGGCGGCCACCGGGCUGACCAUAUACUUGGCCGGCGGGCAGGGGCAGGUUCUGGGGGGCAGCGUGGUCGGGCAGCUGCUAGCAUCGGGACCGGUUAUUAUAAUGGCGGCUUCAUUCAGCAACGCCGCAUACGAAAGAUUGCCAUUGGAAGAAGAUGAAAACGCGGCCAUUAAUAAUAAUAAUAAUCAAGUUCCGGGAAGUUCUUCCCUCGGAUCGCCGCCCGGCGGUUUGGGCGGCAGCGGGCAGCCACCGCAAAACCACCAGCAGCAAGUUCUGGCUGACCCUUCAUUGUUUCAAGGAAUGCCGCCCAAUCUUUUUAACUCGAUCCAAAUGCCGAACGAGGCCUUUUGGGCAACGGGAAGGCCCCCGUUUUAG